AUGUCCACAGGUCAUGAUGUUUUCAGCAACAGUACAUUCAUAAAUUGUCAAACUCUGUCUUACACCAUGAUUGAUACAUGGAGUAUUUCUUGUGGGAACCUAGGUAAACCAAACAAAUCAAUUAGAGAAGUGGUAAUUUGGGUGGAGUCUAAGCAGAAGCAGAAGAUUUUUGAGAUAAUGAAGAGUAAGCAGUACUUCAAACCUCCUGCUGUUGUAUUUGUGAGUUCUAGAGUUGGUGAUCUCUUGUCUGAAGCAAUUACUGCUGCUACUGGGUUGGAGUAA